CUGCAAAAGUAUGAAGAAAAGCUGUUCAGGGGAAAGAAAAACGCCAAGGUCUUCUUACCCCUGUGUGGUAAAACCUAUGAUAUGGUUUGGUUUCAACAGAAAGGUUACCAUGUAGUUGGCGUGGACGUUGCAGAGGAUGCAGUAAAGCAUUUCUUUGAGAUGAAUAAAGUAGGCUACAAUGUCACCCCGGAGCCUUCAAUUGAUGGUAAACUUUACCAGAGUGAAUGUGGAAAGAUUAAAAUCUAUGUGGGUGACUUCUUUAAGUUUGGUCCACAUUUAGAGAAAGAUUUCGAUGCUGUUUGGGAUACCGGUGCUCAACAAGCUAUUGGAAUGUCCCUGAAACAAGAUUACGUCAACGUUAUAAAGAAAGUGAUCACCCCUCAGUGCCAGAUCCUUGUGGAA